GGAGAGGAGGAGGUCGUCUACUGAAACAGAUGUAGGGCAGCUAACCUCAAGUGGGGAAGUGUGGGGAAGGUGGUUAACCUCUCUCAGGGAAGCAGCAACAAAUAGAGGCACAAAGAAAAUCCGAGGCAAGUGGGCUUGGGUGCUUUUUGGGCCUCUUGUGCAUUACUGUGUCUCUUCUCUUCCAGCAGAUCCACAGACCAGCAUGGCUGCCACUGCUGCCGUCAGUCCCAGUGACUACCUGCAGCCCGUGGCCUCCACCACCCAGGACUCCCAGCCAUCUCCCUUAGCCCUGCUUGCUGCAACAUGUAGAAAAAUUGGUCCCCCAGCUGUUGAAGCUGCUGUGACACCUCCUGCUCCCCCCCAGCCCACACCACGGAAACUGCCCACACCACGGAAACUGGUCCCUAUCAAACCUGCCCCUCUCCCUCUCAGUCCCAGCAAGAAUAGCUUUGGAAUCUUGUCCUCCAAAGGAAAUAUACUUCAGAUUCAGGGGUCGCAACUGAGCACCUCCUAUCCUGGAGGGCAGCUAGUGUUCGCUAUCCAGAAUCCCACCGUGAUCAACAAAGGGACCCGAUCAAAUGCCAACAUCCAGUACCAGGCAGUCCCUCAGAUUCAGGCGAGCAGUUCCCAGACCAUCCAAGUGCAGCCCAGCCUCACCAACCAGAUCCAGAUCAUCCCUGGCACCAACCAAGCCAUCAUCACCCCCUCACCGUCCAGUCACAAGCCUGUCCCCAUCAAGCCAGCUCCCGUCCAGAAGUCAAGCACAACCACUACCCCUGUGCAGAGUGGGGCCAAUGUGGUGAAGCUGACAGGUGGGGGUGGCAACGUCACGCUCACUCUGCCUGUCAACAACCUGGUGAAUGCCAGCGACACCGGAGCCCCCACUCAGCUCCUCACCGAAAGCCCCCUGACCCCACUGUCUAAGACUAACAAGAAAGUGAGGAAGAAGAGCCUGCCUGCCUCCCAGCCCUCUGUGGCUGUGGCUGAGCAGGUGGAGACGGUGCUGAUUGAGACCACUGCAGACAACAUCAUCCAGGCGGGAAACAACCUGCUCAUUGUUCAGAGUCCUGGCGCAGGCCAACCAGCUGUGGUCCAGCAGGUGCAGGUGGUGCCCCCCAAGGCCGAGCAGCAGCAGGUGGUGCAGAUCCCCCAGCAGGCUCUGCGGGUGGUGCAAGCAGCAUCCGCCACCCUCCCCACCGUCCCCCAGAAGCCCUCCCAGAACUUUCAAAUCCAGGCGGCUGAGACGACGCCUACUCAGGUCUAUAUCCGCACAUCUUCUGGUGAGGUGCAGACAGUGAGACAGUGGCUGUUGGUUGAUGUCAGGGGGAAAUGGGACUGCCAGGGCUGGGGUCCAUGGGCCCAGGGACAUGGGAGCUCUCGCUAA